AUGUCGACGAAGGACUCGAAGCCCCGCCCCUCGGUGCCCGUGCCAUCGCACGAGUACAUCGCGCGGCGGCGCCUCGAGGCCGCGCCCGCAGCGAUGCAGAUGCAGCGGGACGACAAACUCGUGCCGUCCUUUCCCGUCGAUCCGGCAGCGACGCAGCAGCAGAUUGCGCUCGAGCACCUCGCCUUCCAGGAUGCUUCGCAGGGCCCGCUCGUCCCGGAGGACUUUUUCGCACCCGGCCGGCCGCAGCGAAUCACCUGCGCAAAGAGCCUCGGGGCGUGCUACGGGUCUUGCUGCUUCACCGAGCACCCGUGGGCGGUGUGCUGCGGCGGCAACAACGUCGUCACCUGCGCCUGGAGCUACCUCUGCCUCCCGUGCUGGAAGCCGGACACCUACACCAAGCCGCAGUUCAUCUGCCUCCCUUGCUGCUGUCCCGUCGCGCAGCUCUGCGUCCCGUGCUUCUGCUGGGCCACGCCCGAGGAGAGGUGCGCCGCGCUGCGCUGGUGCUGCAACAAGGGCUCCGUCGCUGCGGGAAGGGGUCCCGGCAGCUUCUACUGGAAGUCGCCUCCCACCGUCUCCGAGUCGGAGGCGUUCGGCGGCGCGGCGGGCCCUUGGGCGUCGCGGAUGCCCUGGUGGUGUCACGGCUGCCUUUCCCACCUCCCGUACUGCCGCGGCUGCUGCAGCGGGCGCAGCUUCGACGCCGCUCCGCCCAACGCGUUUGCGCGCGUGAUGGAGGCCUGCUUCGGUCUCGCCGAUACGUGCCGCUGCUUCCGCUGCUGCCUGAUGGUGAGCUGUUCCUUCAUGCAAGGGCGGGCGAGGUCGGUCGCCGCCUCGACGCACGUGUGUGAGCCAGGCAUCUAUGCGCCAAACGGGGAGGAAUUUGGCGGGUCGUGGAUCUUCCCGAGCAGCUUCGAGCGGCUCCCGACGCCGCCGGGCACGCUCGGAAGGGAUGGUCAGCCGCUGAGCACAAACGUGGCGGAGGGGGCGCCCGGCUCGCGAGUAAUCAUGUGGGUGCACGGCGGCGGCAACAUCGGGACGAUGGUGCGGCUCUACACGAGCGCCGUCGGCUUCGCGCUCGCCGACAACACGGGGCAGGUCGUGCUGAUGCCCGCGUGGCCAGCCGCCUCGACCGAGCCCUGGCCCGCCGCCGUCGUGCAGCUGUGCCGCUGCUACCGUUCACUCGUGCGGCUAUACGGCGCAAAGAACGUCGUCGUGAUGGGCGACUCGUCGGGCGGAGGCAUGGCGCUGGCGACGCUCAUCCUGGGCACGUCCUACCUGGGCGAAGGGAACCUGCCCCCCCCUGCAGGGGUAGGCCUCAGCUCGCCCUGGGCCGCGCUGAGCGACGCCGCUGGAAAGACGGCAUCGGCAGUCAAGUUUGAUCCGGUCGCGGGAGGGUACAGCCCGCAGAACUUCGUCCCCACGGAGGAGGAGCCAGUUGCGCCGCUCGGCUGGGGCGAUUACCUGCCGUCCGGCCUGCCUGCCGCCUUUAACCUUCCUGGCUACGCGUACGCCACGUCAGCCCGCCGCGACGCCGAUUCGCUGGUCUCGCCGAAUGUGGCUACCGAGGAGGAGCUGCGCGCCGCUGCUCGGCCCGACAGCGUGUGGGUUGCGCACGGGGGGCAAGAGGUGUUCAGCGACACGAUGAGCGAGCUCGCGUGUGCCUUGGACAAGGAGAGCACACGCACCACACACACGCGCUGCCACGCGGGUACCUUGCACGAGUCGCACGUGAUGAAGACGAUGCCGCACGACGCGAUGCUCGUCGCGCCCUCCUUCGAUUUCGGCUGCGGGCGAGGGCGCGGCGACCCGCACAUUUGGGAGCCGACGGUCGCUUGGAUGAGGAUGCUACGCUGGCUGCACCAUUUGGGGCCAGAGUGGCUGGAAGGGGGCACGCCGCCGUUCGGGACGGCCUGGGAGCACGUACGCUGAUGGAAUCCACCGUGUCUCCCCCACAGCGCACACAGGUGCUACGCUCUACGGUAUACAGGCGGAGAGAGAGGUGCGUCUGGUGCCCUGGUGGUCGUCUCAUAUCGGCUGUCGUCACCGACGGUCGCCGGGUACGUAAUGGAGUUCACAGCAAGAAAAUAGUAAGCCCGAGUAA